AUGCAACAUCUGAAGCAACUAUCAAUAACUUUUAAAGGUUAUGAAUCUACAUCUGAAAAUUCUAUAAAUGUCUUUAAUUACCAUGAAUCUCUGUUGAAGGAUCUGCAGCCACAUCCUAAUCUCAGGGCUUUCUCAUUGAUACGUUUCCAGAGUGUAGACUUUCCAAGGUGGGGAAGAGAAUUGACGAAUUCUCUCCCAAAUCUGGUUAAAUUAUAUAUUGUGUCUUGCUAUGGAUUGCAGAUUCUCCCAUCGCUGAGCAAACUGCGUUAUCUAAAAGUACUGAAACUUUUAGAUUUGGCUAAUUUGGAGUACGUAGAAGAUUCAACGAGCAAUAGUGAUCAUACAGCCUUUUCUGUGUCAGGGUCAAGGAUAGCAGAAUUAACCUUUUUCCCCUCUCUUGAAAAUCUAGAAAUCAGGGAAGUGCCGAAUCUGAAAGGAUGGUGGAGAGUGGCAAAUCAGCUCAAUGAUAUUGAUAGCAGUAACAGCUCACAUGCCUGUCAAUCAUCGUUUUCAUGUCUAUCUUUAUUGGCCAUUGAGAAUUGCCCUAAUCUGCUAUCAUUUCCUCUCUGUCCAAGCGUGCAAGAACUUUGUUUGACUAGAUUGAACGAAGCAUUGCAAAUAAAAAUGGGCCAGGAUGAUAUAGAGUUGGUUUCUUCAUCCACUUGUGUGUCAAAAUUGCAGUCAGAUAUUGGAACACAUCCAAAUUUAAGGCAUGUGACUUUAGAUAACACGGAUUAUUUCAAAUCAAUCCCUGUGGAACGUCUUACUAGCAUGACCAUCAGAUUAGCUCUACGGCUCCAGAGUUUGUCAGAAAUUGGAGAGGUUUUCAAGAGGUGUUCUUCUCUACGUAAUCUUGGGAUUGACCUUUGCGUUAAUCUUAAGAGUCUUUCUGGAGGUUUAGAGUAUCUCACUGCCUUGGAGUCUUUAAAAAUUCAUGCAGCUUCAAGGGCCUUUUCCUGUAAAGAGAAUGAUGAUGGGUCACCCUGGAGAUCUGUUUCCCAGACCCUCCGUUCCCUGGAAUUAAGCGGUUUAAGGAGCUUGGAUAGUCUACCCAAGGGGUUGCAGUACUUGACCAGCCUGCGACACCUAAAAAUUGAUGGUUGUAUGCCGUUGAAUGAAGUACCAGAAUGGAUAAGCUGCUUCUCAUCUCUUCAAUCCCUGAGCCUCAGUGGUUGUACAAAUCUCAUAUCACUUCCCACUGCAAUGCGGCAGCUCACCUCUCUCCAGCGACUUGAAAUCAUGCGAUGUUCAGAGCUUUUAUCAAGAAGAUGCCGAAAUCCGAUAGGGGAAGAUUGGUCCAAGAUCCAACACAUUCCCUCCAUUUCCAUCAGUUGA